AUGCCCCGUGACAAGGCUACCUGGAACUGGAAAGGUGCCAGCAACUGUGUGACGCCAGUGGGGAGAGGUCGAGCCGGCUGGGGGCUCCUGUCGAUUGUCACCACCAUUGAUCACUGCUCUGCUGCCUCGACACCCGUUAUUUGCGAUCCUCGACCUGCGAACCUUGGCCAUCCCCGCCUCUGCUAG